AUGGAGAGAAAGCAGGUGGCAACAGAGAAGAAAGAGCAACAAGAGGCAGCCACGAAAGUGCAAGCAAUCUAUCGUGGCAAUGCAGCUCGGAAACAGCUGGCCGAAGAGAAGCAGAAGCGAGAGGAAGCAGCUACAAAGAUUCAGGCCAUCAGGCGUGGAAACGUGGAGAGAAAGCAGGUGGCAACAGAGAAGAAGGAGCAAGAAGAGGCAGCCACGAAAGUGCAAGCAAUCUAUCGUGGCAAUGCAGCUCGGAAACAGCUGGCCGAAGAGAAGCAGAAGCGAGAGGAAGCAGCUACAAAGAUUCAGGCCAUCAGGCGUGGAAACGUGGAGAGAAAGCAGGUGGCAACAGAGAAGAAGGAGCAAGAAGAGGCAGCCACGAAAGUGCAAGCAAUCUAUCGUGGCAAUUCGGCUCGGAAACAGCUGGCCGAAGAGAAGCAGAAGCGAGAGGAAGCUGCUACAAAGAUUCAGGCCAUCAGGCGUGGAAACGUGGAGAGAAAGCAGGUGGCAACAGAGAAGAAGGAGCAAGAAGAGGCAGCCACGAAAGUGCAAGCAACCUAUCGUGGCAAUGCAGCUCGGAAACAGCUGGCCGAAGAGAAGCAGAAGCGAGAGGAAGCAGCUACAAAGAUUCAGGCCAUCAGGCGUGGAAACGUGGAGAGAAAGCAGGUGGCAACAGAGAAGAAGGAGCAAGAAGAGGCAGCCACGAAAGUGCAAGCAAUCUAUCGUGGCAAUUCGGCUCGGAAACAGCUGGCCGAAGAGAAGCAGAAGCGAGAGGAAGCUGCUACAAAGAUUCAGGCCAUCAGGCGUGGAAACGUGGAGAGAAAGCAGGUGGCAACAGAGAAGAAGGAGCAAGAAGAGGCAGCCACGAAAGUGCAAGCAAUCCAGCGAGGCAAUGCGGCUCGGAAACAGCUGGCCGAAGAGAAGCAGAAGCGAGAGGAAGCAGUCACAAAGAUUCAGGCCAUCAGGCGCGGAAACGUGGAGAGGAAGCAGGUGGCAACAGAGAAGAAGGAGCAAGAAGAGGCAGCCACGAAAGUGCAAGCAAUCCAGCGCGGCAAUGCGGCUCGGAAACAGCUGGCCGAAGAGAAGCAGAGGCGAGAGGAAGCAGCUACAAAGAUUCAGGCCAUCCAACGCGGGAGAGCCGCUCGGAAGGACACAGCAGAGAAGAAGGGUGCUUUCCGGAUUCCGACAAGUCGCGAUGCUAAGGUAUCUGCGCCGCCAGCUGGCAGCUCGAUAGACAAUGGUGUCGAGAGCGAUGCAAAUCAAAGGGAGAAAGCCGCCACCAAGAUUCAGGCCCUUCAGCGUGGCAGAGCUGCCCGAAAAGAUGCAGAAGGCAAGGCAGCUUUCCGCAUCCCGGCCAGCGACAGCAGGGAUGUCACGCCAGCUGCCGGGGAUGCAACGGAGCAGCAGCGCGAAGAAGCAGCCGCCAAGAUUCAGGCAAUUCAGCGCGGCAGAGCUGUUCGAAAAGGUGCGGCAGACAAGAAAUCCGCCGACGUCCUCACCAUUCAGGCAAAGGAAGAAGCGGCCAUGGCGCACGAAGAAGCGGAAGCAGCCAAGGCAGCCAUGCAAGCAGCCACCCAGCAGCGCCUUGAAGCAGAGGCCGAGCUUCAAGCUGCGGCGCAUCGCCGCGCGGAGACUGAGGCAGCGUGCGCGGAAAUGAAAGAGAAGGUGCUGGAGGAAGAGAGCCGCACUGCAGCAGCCGCCUCCGCACGUUCUGAGGAGGAGGCUGAGCUGCGGCGACUGCAGCAGCAGUCGGCGGAGAUGGAGGAGGCCGCGCGGCGAGCCGCGGUUCAGCGGGAGGAGCUGAAGGCCAGGCGGAGGCGAGCGGAGGAGUUGCUCGCAGAGUGCAAGGAGGAGGAGCUGCGAACCGAGGAGCUCGAAGCCAAGGUGCAGCAAGCGAGAAAGGCGAAGCAGGACCUGGUGCUUGAAUCACAGACACCUGGAGCGGUCAAAGAAGCGGGAGGGCCGAAAGCAGCGGAUCACGAUCGUGCCGAAGCAGCCACGAAGAUCCAGUCUGUGCAGCGUGGUCGAAAGGUGCGCUCUGAGACUUCAAAGAAAGGUGGCAAGGCUCCGCCCAAGAAGGCGAACAUCCAGGUGUCUGUGGGAGCCAUGAACCUUGGCGUUUGA